AUGCUGGACUGCCUUCGUCAGCCUGCGUUUUGUGAUGUUUGCGAACUCAUGAUAGAAGGGCAAUUUUACACAAGUAGUUGUAAAAAAGAGAGAAAUGAAACAAUGGGAAGUUGUAAAAAUAUGAGAAAAGGAAAAAAUUGCGACAAAGAACUAGAAUCCUGGCUGUUAGCUAUGGAAAUUAUUAAUACCACACAAUGCUUACAGCUAAAAAAAUGCGCUAAAAUAUUUUUUCUGGAGAAGAAUAAAAAAAAACCAUGUUUUUACUUUAAACUUUUGUCGCUCAUCCUACUUCGCGAUGGCAUAUUAUAUGGAAAUUUAAUAGUCGCUUGUCCACUAGGAUCGCUUAAGCCCGAGCGACCGGCUGGGUUCUUUGCACCCGUUCUAAGAACAUGGUAUCCGAGCUGUGAUCGUACAAGUUACAAAUCAAAUGCGUCCGAGGUUAUUUAUACAACUUCAAAGUUCUUGAAUUGUAUGCAAAGAAGAAUGGGUUGGCCCCAUUCCAACAAGAAAAGAAAGGAUUUCGAAGAGAAGAUGGCAGAAGAUGGACCUGCGAGCAAAAAGUCAAAGAAGCAUCCAGUUAUGGAAUUAAACGAGAGGUUUCCCUCAAUCGAAUAUUUAUUUGUUCAAGCAGGGCCAGUACACGAGCCUACGUUUAAAGCUUACACAAUUCUCAACGAAAAAUCGUUUGAAGGAAGUGGGACGACCAAACAAAAGGCAAAGCUUGAUUUAGCAACUCGAGCUUUGGAAGAGCUUGGUGGUAAAGAGGAAGUUAUCAAAACUGAGAGGGAGGAGAGCGAAUACUUUUUCGAACACUACCAACCACUUAACCAUACACUAUAUCAGUCAACUUCUGGCGUGGAGGGGAAGUAUAUUGAUUUCACAUCUGACGAAGAAAUGCCUAGUCACGACAGAGACCGUCCCUUGUACGCCCCACCUAGUGUCCGCAGUCCUACACACCCGCCGCCUGAUAAUCCAUUCCGACGCCCGGGUGCCUUACUUCCACAUCAGGCUGUCGGGCGGGGCUUUCCGGAACUGUUUACUAACCCUCCUGCUAUUAACAUUGAAAAAGCGCGUUGUUAUCCCGUUAUGGUGUUGUCGGAAAUCUUUCCCAAUAUGAGAUUGAAUUGGUGUGAAGGUUCCGGACAAGGCGAUCGGCAGUUUAAGGUCGAAGCUGAUGUGCAGAGCAAAAGAUUCUUCGGAGAGGGACGAAGCAAGAAAACAGCCAAACUUAAUCUUGCAAAGACUAUCCUUUUGUGCAUAUAUGAUAUUCACGACUUUAAAGACGCGGAAAUCACAAAAAAAUCCCCCAAAGUAAAACCGGAAGAGAUUCAACUAGAAAAAAAGUUUCCUCUUACGCAGCUCAAAGAACUCCUCCGUGAAGAUCUUAACAUCGAGGUUAUCCAGGAAGAAGCAGAGCCAGACAGCGAAGAAAAAUCAUACCAUGCUACUAUUGUGAUAAAGGGCGUGGCGUACGAAGGUGUCGGUAAAAACCGGAACUUAGCCAAACUGCGAGCUGCUAAGAAGGCUCUUGAUGUGAUACGUCCUAAGAAGGAUGGCAUGGCCGCAUAUGAAGAUGCAGAGAGCAGCACUAAAGUUAAAACUAUCGACACGUCUCGACAUCCGACAAUGGUGUUUUACGAACUUUUUCGCGACAUUAAAUUAGAUGAAAGUGAGGAAAAGACUGCACUUGGGAUCACAGAGUACCAUAUCAAGACACAAAUCGAAGGAAAGGUGUUUAAAGCGAAAGGCUCUUCAAAAAAGAGAGCGAAACUCAGACUAGCGUUGUCGGUGUUGGAGGAGUUGAAAAACAUCGACGUCAACGAGUGGACGGCAAUCGACUUAAAAGAUAUUUUCGAAAACAAAUCGACCAGCAAUCCUGCGACCAAUCAUCCUAUUGUUCUUUUGCUGAAGUUAAAUCCACAAACCCGCUUCGAAGUAUGGGAAGAUUGCGAAUGUAAUGCAUCCGUUAAAUUUAAAGCGACCGCCUACGUGGGAGAAAGAGACUUUAUCGGGGAAGGUCCUAACAAGAAAACAGCCAAAACAGUAGCUGCGCGGGAGGCACUAAAUACCCUGUAUGGUAUCAAUCCAGACAUUUACACUGAGGGAGUAAAGGGAGAAACCCAGUGCAAAGUGAUUGCCGCCUUUGUGUUGGCAAAAUGCGAGGAUACAAAUUCUACUCCUGAUUUGCAGGUAGUAAGUAUCGGUACCGGUACAAAGUGCGUAACUGGUGACCAGAUGGAUCAUAAAGGACAGACGUUAAACGAUUGUCACGGGGAGAUCAUCGCUUGUCGGGGAUUUCGACGGUAUUUAUACAAUGAACUUUUUUUAGCUGCUGGAAACAAAUCGAGUACGAUAUUUGCACGACAACCGAACGGUAAAUUUGCGUUGAAACCGUCUGUACAUGUCUAUUUAUUUGUGAACACGGCUCCUUGUGGAGAUGGAAGGGUGUUUACAUUACAAACUCAUCAGCAAGGAGCGAAAAACAAAACUGCUGGCUUGUUAAGAACGAAGAUUGAGAACGGACAAGGGACAAUACCUGUGCCAGAGAACAAUAUACAAACAUCGGAUGGCAUCUUGGAGGGAGAGCGGUUGCGCACAAUGUCUUGCAGCGAUAAGAUUCUUAAGUGGAAUGCCCUGGGUGUUCAAGGUGCUUUACUUAGCUAUUUCACCGAACCUAUUUACUUGCAAGGUAUUGUGGUAGGAUUGCACUACCAUUACGAGGCGUUGUAUAGAGCGUUGUAUAAAAGAGCUGGGAGGAUGAAGGAUUGUCCCGAAGCCUACGCACUGAACAAACCAUGUUUAGGGACGCCGACAAAUGCAGAUAUAAAUCGCGACACUUCAAAAGCGAACAGCAACAGUUUUAACUGGUACAGCGAGCAAAAAAACGUGGAGGCAGUGAAUGCAACGACAGGAAAAACUGUCGUCCAAUCGCCUUCGAGACUUUGUAAAUUGAAUUUUUACGACCAAUUUAUGCAGCUUAUAAAAGCAUUCAGGCUAAAAUUGAAUCCAAAAACAUACCAUGCUGCGAAAGUUCUGGCGUGCGAUCACCAAAAGGCUAAAGAGAAUUUUUUCAAGGCGUUGAAUGAUACCACGUGUGGUAAAUGGAUUGGAAAGCCUUACGAACACGACAUGUUCGGUUAUUAACGUGUUGGUUUUUACUUUAUCUUGUUUAGAUAUCGUGCGCGCUGACUAAGCGAAUAAAUCGUACGCAUGAUGUAGCCUGCAUAUUAACACAGACACGUUGAUUGACUCAAAGAUAUACGUGGAUAAGAUAAUUGUAAAGUGCACCUCUAGAGUCCCGCCCAACUACCCAGCUCGGUUACAAUGUUUAAAGAUCGAUUCCAAUCCGUAUUAAUGAAAAAAGUGUGUGUGGUUUAUACCUGAGGAGUGGAAGCUGUGACAGAAGAAAAACAAAAUGCGGAGAAGUUGAGAAAUGCGCGAGAUUAAUUAGUCAUAGUACAAGAUAAAACUUUGAACAAUGGUUUAACGUUUCUGGAGUGAUGUCUUUAGAAUGUUGAAAAUAAUUUCAGGUACUCGUAGCUUUUAAGUUUUCUACAAUUGACUUUGAAGAGCGUCUGGUGGACCUUAAAAACCUGUAUUAUCCAUCAUUUUCCACACAAACAUCUGGAAACGUUGAAACAUCAAUAUUUCGAAAAACAUCUGUCUAUGACACAUUACCUCUCAGUUUUGUUUUAACUUUUUAAAAUCUUCCAUAGUUUUGAAUGUCCAGCAAGAUAAAUUUUGGCGUUUAUUAAAUUUCUUGUGUUCAACUAUGUUUUUUGUGUAUGUGACCAAAAAAUGGCGGGAAAGUCUUGAAAUAGUUAAACAACAUAUUUAGCAGAGACGAUGUUGAACGUUUUUGUACCUUGUUAAGCAAGAUUUUUUUUAUUUCGCAUGUUACGUUGCAUAUAAAAUCUAUACUAACUAACGAAGUUUCAAAGUUUAUUUUUCGAGCGAUUUUUUGUAAACUUUUAAUAUAGUGAAGUAUUACUUGUGGAUCACAAAAAAAGAAUAGACACCUUUCAUCAUGGAA